AGAGGGGAGCGCUGGUGUGUGGGUUCAUUGUGCGCAAAAAUCACACAGCCUCUGGUAUUUCCGGAUUGAGAUUGUAAAAGAACCCGAUAAGCAUACGCAAAAUGUCAAAGUUAAGAGGCCUGUUGCCCAGCAUUUUCGGCAGUAGCAAAGAGAAGGAGACACAAAACCACACAUGCACAACAACAGAAAAUGCUGGAGAAGAGGGUAGAUUAGAAACAGAUGCAGCGCCAGUGGACGAUGGCGGAUUUGAAAGCAGCAAUGGAGCUAUUUCAAGAGUGACCACUACUCCGACUGCAUCUGCAGAACUAACCGCAGAGGUUGUGCGCGAGCUUUCGGAUCCGAAUUACAAUUCAAUGGAAGUUGUGGAGUCAACUACAAUUCCGGGCGCUUUGGUGAAUGGAACCUGUGGUAGCAACAGCAGCAGCAACAACACCAUGAAUACCAUGAAUGUGCAUAGUGCGCAACAACAGGUCGUUAUGAACUUCUCGAAUGCCAGCAAUCUUCAUUUUGGCUCCGUGUACAACUUUAAUCAAAAUCUGAGCGCUAACAGUUCACGCAAGAACAGCACAACAGACGAAAGCGCAAUAGCGAUGUCACCAGACAAAAUGGCUGGAUCGAGACAGCGUCAAGUGCCGCGCAAGACUACCACUAUUGUGGCCAUGAUGCAGUGUCAGGAUGAACCUGAAAUGCGCCUCCUCGACACAGUAGCUUCACAUUUGGGAGAGGGCUGGAAGCAAAUUAUGCGCGAACUGGGCCACUCAGAAGGACAGAUUGAGCAGGCGAUUAUUGAUCAUCAAAUGCACGGAAAUAUCAAGGAGGUUAUCUAUCAAUUGCUGCUGCAAUGGGUGCGCGCUGCUGAUGAUGGCGUUGCUACAGUUGGCCGCCUAACGACAUUGCUUUGGAAUCAAAAUCAUCGAGACUGCGUUCAACGCAUGAAAAUUGUUUGGAAAGCAAUUGAAAAGCGCAAGACAUCCAGUUAGUUGAUUAGUUGUUGGUCUACAGGCUUCAACACAUUGAUUCUUUCGGAAAUUUGGCAACCGUUUUCUAGACUUAUUAAGUAAUGCUUAAGUUUUUCACUGGAGACGGAGACUUAAGCUUGUUUCUGUAAACACUUAUCUCCAAGUUUUUAAACUGUCACAUAGUUACCUAAAAUUUUGAUUUCAAGUGCUUGAAAUGUGCAUUUCUAAAACGCCGGAAGUUAUUAAUCGUUGAAUUUGAGACCAAACAUUUUGUGCAAUACUU